AUGAUAUUUUUCAGGAAAUACAAGCACCAUUUUCUUCCAACUUUGAUUAAAAAUCUUCCGCUCCGAUGUAUAUCCUCAAAUACAACAGCUAAACUACGUGAAGUUGGCCUUUUCACAACUGUCAAACAAGAAGGAAAUUAUGAGACAGGCCAGGUAUGUUAUCUGAUGAUGGAUAAAUGUCAAGAAUACAGUAUUAGAUAG